AUGGUGCCUGGCCUCCUGAGCCGCCAGGAUGCUCCACAGGUUGUGCUGCCGUCCCACUUCUCCUCCCUAUCCCCCACUCUCCCCUCGCGCCCCCUCCUCUCGGUCCCAAUCUGGAUCGGGAACGUGCCGUCGCCGUCGCCACAGCAACCGACGCCGCCUGUCCCUACAUCAUCGCUGCCGACCACCUCGUCGCUGGACCUCCUCGCACCUCUCCGUCGCCGGAGCCACGUCGCCACGCAGAUCGCCGUCGUCGCCUGGACAUCGCCGGAGCUGCCCCGCCAUUGUCCUCGUCCUCCUCCUCGACCCCCGCUGCCGUUUCCCUACAGCCCCACGGUGAGGCCCUCGGCCUCCUCUCCCCCUCCGCUGCUCUCUGCUUCCCCAGCCGCGACCGCGCUUGCGUCCCCACGUCCAGCCCGCGCCCUGGCCUCUUCUUCCUCCCGCAAAGCCGUCCUACGCCGGCCACCUCCAGCUGCUGCCCCGCUGCGGGCGCCGCUUGUCGCACCUGGCCACGGCGUGCACGCGCACGCGCACCACCUCGGUGCCCUUGAACACGCCCACGGCCGCGCCCCUGCUGUCCGUCUUCCUCGCUCACCGCGCACGCGCGCUCGGCUCCAGCUUGACCGUGGUGACCCGCGCCAACCGCACGCGCGCCUCCCCGUCCGCUGUCGCCGCGUGCGCCUCGCCUCCGCUCCCAGCCGCCCGCUGCUGCUCCUCUCUCGCUGCACGCGAGCCCUACCUCGCACCUCCUCCGUUGCUGCUACUCUGCGGCUGCAGCUGCCGGCUAGCCGCGCCCCGCCCGGCGUGCCCCUACCGGCGCCCUCACGUGCACGCGCCCGAGCGUGGCCUCACCACCACUGCUGCCGCCUGCUACGCCAACCACUCACCUCGCCCCACCUCCCGGGCUCGCUUGUUAAUGGGCGCCCGCCCGUCACCCGUUUCCCCGUCGCCCCGUUCGGGCUAUGCUCGUAUGCCCCUGCCCGUUAA